UCGUAAGCAGCCGUGUUUUGUUAUGACAGUAAAAUUUAACCAUAACGUUGUAUAACUGGAUGGAUCGCCGGAUUACCGUAGAAUCGAGGAACAUUCAUGCAGUUUGAACUCAAACAAAAAAUUAGGGAACCAUGCUAUGUCAACGUUCGUUUGAAGCAAUUUUAAAAUUGACUCGAAGGUUUUCAAACGUAACACUGCAUGCCAAACCGGCGGAUUACAAUCCUGCACUAGUUAAAACACAACAUGCAGCCCCACCGGUGCCUUUACCUAUAUUGCAGCCAAGACUAUUAUUUCGGCCACGUGAAAUUUCACUUGACAUCGGCUGUUCCCCAGUAGUAAAUCCGCUGCUUCCACGAAAGGAGAUUAUCGACGUACCGCGGAGCAACCGAAUUAUCGAAAAUCCUAACCAAACUCGCAUUUUUGAAAUUUCGGAAAAUCCUUUGAAUAAAAUAUCCAAUGUGGAACUUCCAACUGGUCACGGUCGAACCACGGACGACAGUGGUAUCCAGGCCGCUAGGUUGAUCGUUAUUCGACGUCGUAAAAUGCGCAAACACAAGCUGAGAAAGCUUCGCAAGAAGAUGAAAUUCGAAUGGGCUAAGGUUCGACAACGUCGUGAGCUGCGUAAAGAGAAGGCUUUCCAGGCGGAACUGAUAAACCAAAUAAAGCAAGCGGAGAAGUUCUCCGCCGAAAUGUACGUUGCCGAAAAGCUACGGCAAGCGACUGAAACGCCGAUUCCCCGCUUGUGGAAGGGUAAACGAUUGCCGCAGUUUAUUAUUAAGCAAAAAUUGGGCAUCGAAUGAAAUGAUAGUUGGUAGUUUUAUGCAGCAAUAAAGGUUUUAUUGGCAUUAUGUGGUUAA